CCAUAUUCGUAAGUAUAAUAAUUUUUGAUUAUUUUAUUUAAUAAAUAUUAUAAUUAAUGUGACAUAAUCACAUAAUAUGACAUAAGAUACUAAUGGACUGUCGUUAAUUUAAUAAUGUAGAAGUAUCAAUUAAUUGCCAUUCUAUAUAAAGAGAGAUUGUUUUAUUUAGUUUAUUUGUUUUUCUUGAAACAACUAUAAUUAAUUUUAAUAGCAAUUUGAUUCAUGUGCGUUUAAUUAAAUAAUGAACUUUAAUUAACUUCGUCUAUUGUAUAAUUUCUAGUAAAGUAAGUCCGUAUGUGCGAUAGUGGAUAAAAAUAGAAUAAAACGUAAUAUAAGUUUUAUAAUCAUAACUUUCUCUUUUUUCUCCCCUCUAAUUAAAUUUAUAAUAUGUUAAAUAACAAAACUGUGACGCGUGUGUACAACUUCUCUCAUAGAGUUUUGUAAUCAGUUUCGUACUGUUUACGUUUGCGAUAACGUCAUUCCGAGAAUAAGAUUUUCAAAUCUUUUUCUCUCCGAAUAAGAAUUGCUAAAUAUUAGUUAAAAUAACAAUCUUGCACAGAAAUCAUGGCACUUGUAGGAAUUAACGGAUUUGGAAGAAUAGGAAGGAUGUGUCUUCGCGCUUGCCUCGAAAAGCAUAUUGAAGUAAAAUUAAUCAAUGAUCCAUUCCUUACCACCGACUAUAUGAUAUAUCUUUUUAAACAUGAUUCUACUCACGGGCCGUACGGUCUACAGUUGGAAUGUGACAAGGGAUAUAUAGUUAGCGGUGAACUAAGAAUUGCCACAUCGCAAGAAAAACAACCGUGGAAAAUACCGUGGAAAGAAAUGGGAGUGACAUAUGUCAUAGAGGCUAGUGGAGCAUUUACAACUUUAGAGAAAGCAAGCUUACACAUUGAUGGUGGCGCGAAAAGAGUUAUUAUCACUGCACCAUCAAUCGAUGCACCGAUGCUCGUUUUCGGAGUCAAUCACAUGUGUUACAAUCCUAAGAAGGACGGAGUCGUUUCUGCUACGUCCUGCACAACAAACUGUGCAGCUCCAAUCGUCAAAAUCAUGCAUGAUAACUUUGAGGUUCUCGAAGCAAUGAUAACUAGUAUACACGCGGUGACAGCAUCCCAAAACACCGUAGAUGGUCCGAUAGAAAAGUGUCGGCCUACCACGUUAUGGAGAGAUGGCAGAGGCGCUCUUCAGAAUAUCAUUCCUACUGCAACCGGCGCCGCCAAGUCAUUAGCCAAAAUUAUCCCCGAGCUCAAGGGCAAGAUUUCAGCCAUAGCAUUUAGGGUACCGAUCCCUAACGUUUCAUUAUGCGACAUAACAUUCAGAGUUAAUAAACCGACAACAUACGAAGAAGUGAAAGAAGCGAUGAGAGAAGCAUCCGAAGGACAGCUAAAAGAAGUACUGGGAUACACGGAAGAUGACUGUGUGUCGUCGGAUUUUAAUCACACUACCUAUUCCUGUGUGUUCGACGCCAAAGCAGGCAUUCCACAGACCAGUUCUUUCAUCAAGAUCGUCGCCUGGUAUGACAAUGAAUAUGGUUACUCACAUCGUAUAGCCGAUCUGGUUCAAUACAUGUAUAACGCCGAUUACGGUAAUGUUCCUGAAACUGGACAAGCUAUCGAGCAUGGUGAUGCUUAAAGGUUAUUUAAUGAUACUUAUAAAAACUUACUUUAUGGACACACAAUCACGUGCUUUCUUUACAUGAUUAAAAUAGAAUAAAUAUUUUGACUGAUAUUUAUCGAAA